AGUACAUGAAAAUAACGACUUUUCCCCCUUACGUCGACCCCAACAGAUAGGACGACUCUGGUCCUACCAUUUUUUCGAGUAAAUUUGAUGUGACGAUCAUCGCUACGUCGAUUUUCGUUUUUGUAUUACGCAGGAGUCAUCCCUCCACAAAUUUGCAUUUGCCCGCUGUCGUCUCGUCUACUAAACUGUGUAAGUAAAUCAUUUAACCAUGACUUGUUGGUGGAUCAAUAACAAUAUAUUGGAUGUCGUGGAUAGGGGAGCCACAAGAAAGGUGCGUUGGCAUUGCUAUAGCUGGCACAACAAAAUAUGUCCACCAUGACGAUAACCCUACAGCGUGCCCUCGGAAGCAACAUGCGUUCUGUCGCCGACGCAGCAGAAUCAGACCGGCUCGGAAAGGGUCAGCGACUAAAUAGAGAAAAUGGCGCCCGAUCAAUAAAUGCGGCAUCCCAGGAGCUGCACAACAAAUUACCACUCCAAAAGAUGCGGGUGCUUGCAACAAUUGCCCUGUGGACUGCGACAGCCCUCGUGCUGGGCCUGCUUGUCGGGGCACACGCAACGCAAGUAAUGCACAAAUUUGAAUAUCGUGAGCCCGACGGUCAGCAGCGGCUCGAUGUGCCGGGAUACACUAAUCGCGUUUUAUUUUCGUUCCAGCUGGAAGAUCCGACAACUUCAGUAGCGGGAACAACACACGCAGUGGAUAAACUGUACUACGGUUUUAUUUACUCAGUCGUGCUGGUUCUGUCAGAAUCUGCAUCUUCAAGAAAAAAUCGUCGUCAAUACGAACUCGUGCUUCGAGUUUGUGUUAGUGCGUUUGUCAUAGUGAAUAAUCUUGUAUAACAAUAACCUUAACCGCAACAAAAUUCAUCAUGAUCAAGAUGAAGUAGAAGUACAAGUAUUACUAUUACAACAAUUUAUUUUCACAGAACGUUGCUUGCGCCACCGGGAUUCAUUUUCAACAAAACGUGCACGAGGGACUUCACGUUUCAGCACCACUUGAUUUUCGACACGGGUAUGGCGCCCGCACCUGUGACGAAUUUUGCAGAGCUUAUCCCAUCGACUACCGGCAACACGUCUUGCGUCGGAAGCGUUGAUCCCGACACGGGUCGCGGGCGACUCGAACUCGAACUCGUGACGACGUCACUAGUGGCGGAGAAUAUCUAUCCCUUCGCAAUACGGAUGACAAACCCACUCGAGGAUCCGCUUGUGAAUGCGUCUGCAGUGGGCCAAUCUCCCGAAGAAAUCAAUGCUUUCACGCUCCUGCUGAACGGGUGGAACGCAACACUACCCGCUUUUCCGCUGUCGCGAUUCAAAGACGUCAAGGUGCGGCUUAGCCAGCGCAAUCGAUCCCCGACUUGCCUCAACCCAACCGUCGCGUGUCCGGUCCACAACAUCAACUCGGUAAUAAGAUUCGAUGUGAUGUUGAUAAUCAUAAUUUGGUCAUGAUUCUCAUUCUGAUUCUCUAUGAAUUGCAACCUUCCAUACAUCAGUAUCGCAUCGCGAUCGACUGCUUGUACAGUGGCUGCGUCGAGGAGUCACAAGUAGCGUUACAAUUCAAGGCGUUUAAGGCGGUCGGGGUCGGUGGGCGCCUAGAAGUCCAUUUGCCGCUGUAUUACGCGAUGUCGCCGCAUACCAGUUGCGAGGCGUGGCGUCGGCCGCUCGCAUCCGUGGUGUGGACACCCUGGCUACCGCGGGACAUGCGCUGUCGUGUGGCAGCCGAUUUACAGUCCAUCACGAUGGAUUUCGUGGACAAAACGCAGUUGUACUUGCAGCCCGAUUUCUACGAGUAUCGGGUGGAGUUCACAGUGCUGCUGCCGAACGGACUUGCGCACUUGGAACAGGACGUUUCAAAGUACUUUUUCUGGAUUUUCGGCUAUGAUCCAGGAGAGGCUUUUGAGCUCAAUAAGGUGGACCCUGCAACAUUCGGCGUCGUUGAAGUUGAGCGGUCCGCACUGGGGAUGGCUUUGCAGGGAAGUUCGGCAGAGGAAGUACUUGCGCAAAGUCUAGGAUCGGUGACAACCACGACAACGCUGGCAGUCCAGUCGCAGGCAUUUCUGUACUCGGGAGGGUCUGCUUUCAAGACGUUGAGCAACUCGUUGUAUUCGCGCCGCCCACUACCCGCAGAUCCCUAUCCCAGCCAAGCUGUGCGCAUUCAGUCCCUAACGUUGCACUCUUCGUCCGACCUGUUUGAGGUUGCAGCGCGCUCGCCCUUCGAGCGUCAGAGUCGCGCUAUUUUGGGAGGCGAGAUUAUCGAGCUUUACUUCUACAUUCGCUUUCGCUUCCAGGUGUACCCAGGUACGCGCGUUCACCUCACGGGACCGCUUGGCUACGAUUUCUCCACUUUCUGUACUACAGUAGUGGAAAUGGAGUUGAUCCUGAAUUUGCUGCAAGUGAAAACGGUUACGCCGGGGCAGCUGGACGGAUGGGAGUGCGCGAGUAGCGCCACGGAAAUGGUGCUGACUCGCAUUGGUUACGUUGAGUACAUGGGUCAGACGCCGCUCUCUCUCAGAGUGAUGGCUCGCAAUCCAAUGACCGUAGAGGCCUGGAACAAGCUCGAUAACUUCUGGGAGAUCAUGGUUCUUGGUACCAGUGAAACUAGGGCAUUCAUCAUUAUGAUUAUAUCAAAUACUAGCAUGCGCUAUGUAUACACAUCAAACGUCAUUAUUUACUUACCUACCUAUUUGAAGCCUUAUUUUUUGAUGAAUAAUUUUUCUUGUUGAAAUGUCCAUCGCCUCGGUGAAGUUAUUUUUUGGUUGUAUUUUCAUCUGCUAUAUAUUGCAGCCGCACGACUUUGUUUCUUUCACAUUUACAGGCACUUCGACGACCACAACAACCACUGCUGCCCCGCGAGAUUGUCGCGGAGUGUGGUCGGCUUACGAUGCGUGCAAUCCGUUGACAGGUUACCAGCAGCGAAAUUACACCAUAGUCGAACCAGCUGAGGAUGGCGGCCUUGACUGCCCGCGGGCGCACGGAGAGAUUGACACUCUACCCUGUGCUUCUAGAAGCGAUGCCAAUUGUACCGCCGCAUUCGGGCCCUUCGAUACGUGCCAGAACGGACGGAAAACUAGCCGCUACGGCGUUGUCUACGACGCUGGAUUGAACAACUCCAAUGUCGUGAACGGAUGCCCGCAUCCCGACGACACCCCAGUCACGCACAGCUGUGGUCAGAAUUGCGUGGCCGGGUGGACGGCGUUCGGCAGCUGCACCCAGAACCAGAACGCACUCUGUUUCUUCGGGUACUUGCUCGACCUUGCCACAGCUACCGUGCCGCAGGACUAUGCGGUGAUUGACGCAGGAUAUUACCACGAUUUACUCUACGGUGAACGCAACUACCCGGAAACCUUUUUCCGCAGGACGGAUCUCACGUCAGACGAGGGUAACAUGACCGGCCAGGUUGGCUACAGCCUAAACUCGUGUCCCGCAACAAGCACAGCUGCGAAAUCACUUGUCAAUGCUGGACAGACGGGCGCUAUUGGAAACAUUACACUCGCGGCGGAAGAGUACAGGUAAAAACGAGGCUUCUUGUUCUUGUACAGGUUUGGUAAAUAAAAGAUUGUUUUACUUUUACGACUUUGAAGAAGAAGUAAGACGUGGUUUGUUUUUGUAUCAUGUGUAUGAUCAGGCUGCGUCUGUAUCCGUAUUAAGCACAAAAACAGUUUCUGGGACCACCACUACAAAACGUCUACGUAUUUCAUGAUGUAGAAGUUGGAGAAAAUAAACUCUGACUAUGUUGCUACAACGGAAUGGUACAAAUAAGGUAUUUUCGCGUGAAGACGCUGCCCGGUAUCGGAGGUAAAGCGUGCCCAUUUGCAACGGAUCAGAUCCAAACUCGACCGUGUGCUGUGUACUACUCGUCACCGUCGUCCACGACUACCUCCACCACGACAACGAUGUGUCCGUGUUCGGAUUGGGUCUGCGGAAAUGCCACUGCGCUGGUUUGCACUGAGCAGUUCGAGACAUACACGAAUCACUGUGUCGCUCUUCGUGCGGGAAAGUCGCUGAUCUAUCCAGGCGCGUGCGGUCUCAGAGGGAACGAGAUUCUGGAAGCGAAGUCGUAUCUUUCGUACAAGAUUGUGCCGCAGUUUCAGAACCCGGUGGUGCGGUUGACGGGGCUGAAGCGCGGAGCGGGUGUGAAAACGAAACUCGAAUUUGAGUUCUAUGCGCUGUCGUCGGCCAACACGCUCUACCUGUUUUCGGAGCCACGAUUGGACUUGGACCAAAUCUCGUUUGCGGAAGUCGAAACCGUGGACCCGAAGACGGGCCAACGGCGGCUCGAAGUACGGCAGCCCUUCGGAUACGACCCAGAGCUCACGCACCCGCUGAAUCCGCUGGUGGUCGGCAUCAUGAGCGUGAACGCGAUCACGAUCCCAGGAAACUAUUCGCAGACCUUUUUCCGCUUGGUCGACCUCAUUUUUCCAGUCGGCACGCAGCAGGUACGGUAUACGAUUCGCAGUUUCACGGACAAAACGCUCCGCGACGAGAUGUUUUUUGAGGGUUUCGAGUUGCCGGGUGGCAUCACCCUGCAUGAUAUCAAUGUGCGAGGGAGUUGGUUCCAAAAGGCCCCGGCAGCGCAGAAGAGUCAGUACAUGCUCCCACGAGCCAACGUCCAUCCAGGUCGCAUCAAGGUCACCUUCUCUGUGGCGAAUGGGCUCACACGUUUCCUCGAGAUCCGCUCAGGAACGAGUUUGCAGUUUUCGCCCGUUGAUGUAUGUCUUUACGAACAAGCUACUGGCGUCCUUCUGCCGCUGCGCGCGGUAAAGGUUUACCAAUCCCCUAAAAUAGACGGGACUCCAGGUAUGGAUGAUAUUUUGCAUCUGGAGUUGGGCACACGUGGGGACGAGAGUGAACAUGAGAAUGCGGUCUUCGGGACAACGGGCUCGCUCAUCUUUGAUAGCUCCCUCGAGGGUGACGUGGCACUCGCAAUGAAACAAGCCACAGGAACGAACGCCAAUGGAGCUCUCGUUCUUAGCGCCGGCGGCGUUGCGUCGGCGUCUUCUACAGACUCUUCUUCGGACACGAAUACGCUGAGCGGUAGCGAAACAGCUGAGAGCUCAGCGGACGCAGCCUUAUCAUCGCUGACGAGCAGCACGAGCACGUCAACGAUUUUUCCACCUGUAACGCCUGUACUUUCGCUAAACCAGUCGUUGGAGCUGAGCCGAAACCGUAUGGCUUUCCCCAUCUUGCGGGGUGACCCGAGCCAGGCCUUCACGGAGAUUCGCAUUCCCAUUUCGGAGGCGUUACCGGAUGCUAUCCCAUUGCCAGAGACUGUGAAGCCAGUGAUCGUUGAUCGACGAGAACUUGAUGAGGCAGGUACAAAUGCUGCUAGCAGCUCUAGCAAAAAGAACGUGGUAGAAGAAGACACACUGUCACUGGCUGCAAUUACCGAGGGGGGUCGGAGGCUGCAUUCGCACACGCCAGCUGGAUUGCGGCGAAUCGUGAUGAAGAUGGAAUUUGACAUGAUUUUUCAGGAGUACACAGAGGUGUACACAAACUGGCUUCGCCCGUCGACGCUUGUGAUGGAUACGACGGCACCGCCGACAGAUGCCGGAUCCUCUGGAGGGGCGGCAGUGGCCACUUCCACCACGACAACUACAACGACGACCACUACGUUUGUAGCGGGGACUAUUUCGCGUGUAGCCUACGGAUACGACGCGUUCAACACGGUGGUGCAGGAUGCUAUCGCGCGUACCCUCUUCUGCGACAACGGCGAUUACCACUUGUUUGGCAGCUACACGAAGUACUGGGAUACCGCGGAUCUGGCUCCACAGUGCGCGAACAAACCGCAGUUUGUUUGGCAACAGCCGCGCAUCCAGGUGUUGGACAUGCGUCCUGGCUUCUACGACGAUUUUGGACAUCCGUUAGCCGUAACCUACGAUUUUCUCGAGAAUGUGCGUGCGGGUGGGCAGUGGGAGCCGGAUCUUCUUGGCGGGGACACGGGGAAUCCUUGGAAGCCCGGACUGCAAGGGCCCGAAGAAUGCAAAGGCAAAUGUAGUGAGUUUCGCAAUUGCACACUUUUUCAGUACUCCAAAGUAGACAAAACUUGUCACUGGCGCUUCACCGAUUCUCCUUGGGAACCCACGCCGCGCUUCAGCAACGACAUCAACAGCUUCGCACAACGCGGAAUCACCGUCUUUCUCGAGAUCAAGAAAAAUGUUUCUUCGCAGGAACAAUCAGCUCCGGCCUUGUUUGCGGCACUGCGGGAACGCCUCAUAAAUCCGCGCUCAAAUUUUCUGCACGAUCCAGAUUUUUACCCGUUUACGCAGCGAGUCACAGGGCUGCACUCUGUGGCCGAUGACGGCACUAUCGUGACGCCAGAGGUGGACACAACGACCACCACAACCACCACACCGGUGAUCAUCUCGACUACAACCACCACAACUACCUGUCCGUUUGCCGACCCUAAUGACACAAACAGUUCGCGCAUCUGCCCGAUGGACGAAAUGGGCAUGCUGAAUAGUACGGUGGACGAUGGAACAAGUUUUCAGGAGUUAGCGAACUUUACCAUGCCAUGGUGGGUGAACAAAACGGCCCACUACCUUGUGUAUCGCCAAGACCGUGUGUGUCCGAGCAGGGUAGAAAGAUGGGGUGGCGGAAACUACAGUUUCUACAGCGAUUUGAGCAGUUACGGCAAUUCAUUGCAUAUUCGCACGCCCCAAGGCAUCCUCGACCACAAGUGGGUAAACAUGACCUACAAGGAAGCCGGACCUUUCACGUUGGAACCUCGCACCCAGUAUGUCGCAGACUUUUUCGUCCGCACGCCCUCGACCACAGAGCCGACCGAGCCGCAAGCGCAAUCCACUUGGGCUUUGGAUACCUGGAUCGAUCCAUCAUUCUCGCCUACCGAUCCUCAAAACACGGCGACCGGCGCUUUGCCGAUCAACACCAACGAUUUCUUGGACGUUGGACCUGGCGCGUUGGGCGAUUUGGACGGACCGGGCGAGCUCUCUAAGGCCGUGACGUCGCACAACCCUGCAAGCGCGCUGCUGACCAUUGACUUGACGCUUCGCACUAGCAAGGGCGGGAAGAAGUUCAUUCUUUAUGCUGCGGAAAACUUCACGUUUUCGCAAGUGCAACCAGCGCUCUGGACGAUACCGCAGUUCGACGAAGAGACGGGCGAAGAACUGCCACGGCAGUCUUUGCUGACCAAAUACCUAGGUUUCGCGCGGAUGAGCUGGGUCUAUGUGCGCCAGAACGCCGCGAUCCGCGCCACCGAUGAAGUGACCUACUACAACAAUUUCGAGGUUGACACGCGGCUCCAGCAGCGCGACAUGCGCUUUCGAGAGCGCGACACAAUCGAGAUAAAAUGUCCGCCGAUCACGCUGCAACCCGAACCCGGGAUAUUUACGACGACGGACGACUGCAAGGAGAGCGACCCCAUGCCAAUACGCGUCAACAUUACGAGUCCGCGGACGCUUACUGCAGUCUCAACGUUCUUCUUCGAAAGCUACGACGAAAACGACGUUUUGCUAGGAUACGGCGAAGUCGAAGGUACUUGCAAAACAAGUAGCUGUAUGAAUCUAGUUGAUGAGUAGGUUCCGUUUCAUCCUACAACGUGACUUCUUAGUUGUAAGCGACAAGUAGCACUAGCACCAGGCGCAAGCUCAGGGAUACAUCUAGACCAUGGCAUCUGCGUUGUCUUGUUGUUCCAUAGGUGACACUUGAGACUGGCUUCGAUGUAAUUUCCAAAUCGAUCCAUGUGAUGAUCAUGCAGGUUUCCGAUUGUCCUCGCUUCAAGCGCAGGUGACAUGGUCAAAGAUGGCACAGGUGUAUCAGACAGUCGUCGGCCUGACAGUGACGACGCGUGUGGUUGUCCCGAUGCUGACGAAGCUGCGACUGAAGGCUCCACAUGGAAUUUACCUUUCGUGUUACAACCUCGAUACCUUCUGGAGGCCGAUCCGCAAGUGCCAGAGUGCGGAUGCCUGGCGGCACUUCUACGUGAUCCUGAAUCAGACUAUUCCAGCUGGGGAGAAGAUUCAGCUGGCGUCGGCCAUUAUGGGCCUCUCCCCGAUCCACUUUGACAUGACGGAUCGCACUUUUGACCUAUACCUGGAAGAGCAGCUGCUUGGGGCCAACAUCGACGUGAAGCAUGACUUCUACGAGACAGACGGGUUCCAGGUCGUCGAGAGUCUGUACGUGGAGCGGCCGUUUCCACCGGGGCUGCACGCGCAUGGCAACGAGAUGACGUUGUACCUCAACUUUGCGCGACAGUUAGGACCGUCCCUGGUGAACAUAACGAUGACUUUCCCGCCCUUCAUGUUUCCUCCACCGUUGGGCGCAGCCGAGGAGGCAGAGUAUCUGCUUCUGAACGGCGACCAAGCAGAGGGCGCUAGCACGACUACGACAACUACCACGAAGCAAGCAACUAGUGGCGAAGGGACGAGUAGCACGAAUGCCACGGCCUCAGGGUUGAAUAACGGCACCGGCACAAGCUCCCUAACAACAGAGGCCCCUGGCACGACAGCGGAACCAGCAUCUGGCGCGGCUUUGACUGGAGAAGGUUCAAGCGGAGCAGCAGCGGCAGGAGAAACAGAGAGCAGCGGCAGCGAAGCAAACACAGGAGAAGGAACAGGCGAAGUAGGCGGAAAUGGCGUCACUUCUGCGGAAUCCACCACUGCUACUUCGACAACGACCUUCAAUGUUUACAACUACGACGCCGCAAAUCCUAUUGUGUUCUACGAAAACGAGCCGCUUCCCGUCAAGUCUGUACACACGAUGAAUACAGCUACCGAAAAGACUGUGACGUUGAUAGUGAACGACAUUGUACCGCAGGGACGAUAUGGCAUUAGGGUUACCCUACGAGGAAACUACUUCGAAAGGGCCAAAAACCCGGGGUUUAACCGACUGGAUAAGGCCAUUUAUCUGCGCAUGCACUUCAACAACUCGGAAUUCACAACGUUUUUCUAUGGGGGUGCAGAAAAAUUAGAGGAUUUCGAACUGGAUCCGCAAUACUACACCCUGAAAGACCCCCGCCCCUCGUUUAGUAGCGGAUGGCGCCGGCGGCAUUGCUCCUUUCUCGGAUUGUUACUCAUCGUUGGGGCUUACGCCAUCAUGUCGGGUUUUGCCGAGCAUUUCAUUUCAGCUUCUCGUCGCGGAAGCUACAGCCAGCCUUUAAGAAGAGGUACGGCAAUCAACGCGAUCACAAAGACCACAUCAUCAUCAAUAGCACGAAGCUUUUCUGAACUAUUUUUCGCAGGGUUGAAACUCGGUUCUCGGGCUCCUCUCUUGGCGUCGCGUACUGGCGUCGAAACUUCUACAACGGAUCAUAGUAGCUCAAGUAAAAACGUCGGGAUGGAGCAGACACCGGCAACGAGCACUAAUGGGUGCAAAAGUGAAGAUCAGGAUCAACAUCAACACACUGAUCACGAUACGAAGGAAAACCAGCAGGUUGUCGAAGAACAAGAUGGAGCGGUAAAAGAGCCACUACAAACUGCGUUUUCCGGCGAGAACAUGGAUCCGUUAGUUGCCCGGAGCUCUUCAUCUUCAACAUCUUCAUCUACAUCCUCAGCACCACUGCAGACGUAUUCGCAAAUCUCCGCCCUUCCAGAUCUCGCGCAUGCACUCUUCACGCGAUGGCGGCAGGAGGACAGGCAAAGUGCUGCCACGAAGAUAAAGAAGCUCGCAACUCUUCUAGAACUACUUGCUACUUCAGCACUCCUGGAGAGAAGAGCAAUCAAGAGGAGAGGGCUGAGUUGUAGAUACAGCAUUGCCGAGACGAGCAGGAGCAGAGGAAGGAUACGUUCAUUAGUCACGAACCUGCCACUGCCAGUGCCAGCACUCGCCAGUAGUGAAAGAGGGAUCGGACUUUUAGACGGCCUUUUUUUCAUUUUCGGCAUAGGUUUUUCAAGGGAAAACGAUCACGAUCACCAUCACGUGGAGCAAAACUAUAUUAAUCUUCGGAGCUGCUGUCCAUGUCCAAUAUUGCAAGAAAUGGCGGGUUCUUUGCCAGGACUUCAUUUAUGCCGACUGUGGAUGGAUAAGGGAUGAAUCUCAUUGCAUUACUUCAUCCCGCCUCUCUUUCAGAUAGAAGAUUGCUUGUGUGUUUGUACCCAGCCACUUCUGUUCUUAAAUAAUAUUCCCAUUCCCUCUCCGUCUCCCUGAGGAGCCUUACCCUUUCAUCUCCCAUUCCAUUCUUCAUGCAUGCUGGCUCCUCGCCUUACGAUUGACUUUCUUGAUGUUGCAACAUCGACAUCCCCUUCCCAUUGUGCGCGGGCGUAUCCCGACCUCCCAGAUAAUUCUACUGGUGUGCUUUAUGAUUUUGAGCAAGGCAGUGGUCGCAACUACUAAUGCCUUUAAUACGCGAGAU